UGGACAGCAGCUCGCUAGCACUCAUGGCUUGAGAGUGACCACGAUGAUGAUGCCACAUAAUUCUCGCGGCAGAAAUGGCGACACCUUUCCUUGCAACCAAAGCCAAGCGCUCUCCUUCGUCUCCCUUUAACCUGUCCCUCACAUGCUCGUCCCAUGCCGUUCAGUCGCUGUCGAGCUGUCUCUCUUAUAACCCCACACGACACACAGGUCGCCGAAGUCCGAGCUCCUCCCUGUCCUUUCUCUACAGCUACGGGCGGCAUGCUGAUGCAAAUGCAAGCAGAGUAAGCUAAGCUGAUUAGCUGAGCAGCAGAAGCUUGAGCAGGAGGAGCAGCUGGCGAGGUAGGUAGCUGGCCGCGACGGCAUUCUUCAUGGCCGCCGGGUGCAAGGCGGCCAUCGGCUGCGUGGACGCGCGCGCGCCGGUGCGGGCCAGCUACGUCAGCCUGUACAAGUGGCCCGAGUCCGACGCCGAGUUCGUCAAGUCUGUGGCCAUGGCGCGGCGCCAGGGAGGCGGAGGCGGAGGCGGAGGGCAGGAGAGCCCCGGCGCCAGCGCGUCCUACUACUACAGCUACAGCGGCGGCAGCGCCAGCAUGCGCCGCGGCGGCAGCGGCAGCAGCGGCGAGCUGGCGGCGGGGUACGCGAGCCCGCGGGUGGUGGACAGCUACUCGUGCCGGCAGAUGUACCUCCGCAGCUACACCUUCUCCAAGAAGAAGGAGACCGUGCCCGAGCGCACCAUGGCGUGCCUCGGCCGCGUCCGGGAGCGCGCUGCCGUGUUCCCCUUCCUCCCGCAGCGCGGCGGGUCCGCAGCGGCCUCCGACGCCGGCUCGGUUGGCAGCGCGAGCAACAUCGCCGGCGCCGUCGGCCGCAGCGAGAGCAGGGACAGAGAGGACGUGGGGCUCCGCGACAGGAAGCCGAGGAGGAGCCGGAGCCGGAGGAGGAAGAAGCAGAAGAAGCGGCGCGCCAUGGUGAGAAGGCUGCAGGAGGCGUCGUGCGGCGCGGUGCGCGCCAUCUUCCGCCGCCUCCUCGCCUGCACCACCAGCGUGGACGUCGCCGACGGCGGCGCGCGGCCGGCCCGCUGAAAUAUGGCCUCGCAAAGCACGUGGCGCGGCGUAUCGUGCCAUACUGUGCUGCCGGCCUUCUGCAUGCACGCUGCCAUAACCUGUGUCGAUUUUCUUGUGCCUGGCUGCUAGUAAAUCAAGCAAACUGCAUUCCUCUCUAGACCUGCAGACUGCAGUACAGUAGCCAGCAGAACUGCAGAUGUAGUGAUCUGCAGUAAGACGACAUGGACGAAAAUCAGGGAUCUUACGUACGUAUUGUAAGUUAAAUCAAUUUGUUCUUGCAUCGUGUUAUCUAUUUGGUAUAUGCUUGUAUACACUACACCUGCUCUUGUGCAUGGCUUCUUCAGAGUUCAGAGAGACCUUGAUGAGCCAAGUUUUUUGUGUUGAUCUUUCAGCUUCUA